CAAAGCGGCAGUAGGAGGACUGCGCAAAAUAAAAUAAAUAAAUAAAAUAAUAAAAACACUCCCAAACACGGCCCCGGAUUUAUGCCCGACUGACGUCAUGUGGAGCCACCGUCCUCUUUGACAGGAUCCAGCACCGACGAGCACCGGCGGGGAGAGAGAGAGGGAGACAGAGAGAGAGAGAGAGAGAGAGACGGUGGGAUAAAAUGCUCAACAUCCACCGGGGCCGGUAGUAGUAGUUUGCCUCGUCGCCUGCAAAGUGAAGCCAGUCGUUGGGAGGAGAGAGAGAAAAGAGAGAGAGAGAAGAGAGGAGGGGGGGUGUUCGCUUAGCUCGACUGCGGCGAACUAUGAGAGCGCUUAUCCGUUAUUAAAGGGACCUCAGCGGCUGCUUUCUGCCUCAAAACACCCCCCAGCUGCACUCGGAGCAGAGCAAAAGGGAUAAGCAGCCAGAGAACAACUACUAAUCCCCCCCCCCCUAACCUAACCUACCCUAACCUACCCCCGAGCACGGUCACAUUCACGGCGGGGCUUUUUUUUGCAACCCGACAGAAAAUGGACAGGGCUGCACGAACUGGAUUAAAUGAUCGGGAGUAACGGGAGGCGAACAGAAGCGGAAAACCUGAGCAGUGUUAUGCCCGUUAAACCCCGUGUGGUCUUCACUUGACUGGAAAUGGGAGCUUUAACGAGCAGGCAGAACAUAGGCGUGGAAGAAGUGGACAUCCCGUCCAAUUCGGUGUACCGUUAUCCACCGAAAUCCGGGAGUUACUUCGCCAGCCAUUUCAUCAUGGGGGGAGAGAAGUUUGACUCCACCCAUCCGGAGGGUUACCUGUUUGGGGAAAACACAGACCUUAACUUCCUGGGGACCAGACCUGUGGCGUUCCCGUACGCAGCCCCUCCACCUCAGGAACCAGUAAAGACGUUACGAAGCCUUAUAAACAUUCGUAAGGACACGCUGCGGCUCGUACGGUGCAGCGAGGACCUGAAGCUGCCAGGUGACGAGGCGGCGGGGAAGAACAGGGCCUGCUACAACAUCGAGUUCACCUUCGACGCUGACACACAGGUGGCCAUAACCAUCUACUACCAGGCCAUGGAGGAGUUUCAUAACGGAGUGCCAGUUUACCUGCCCCAGGACAGCUCUCUGCAGUCUGAGACGGUUCACUUCAAGAGGGGAGUGUGCCAGCAGUUCUGUCUGCCCUCACACACCGUCAACCUCAGCGAGUGGGCUGACGAGGAGCUGCUGUUUGAUGUGGACAAAGAGAUUUUCCCCAUGGUGGUGCAGGCUGUUGUAGACGAGGGGGAAGAACAUAUGGGCCACUCUCACAUACUGCUGGCUACAUUUGAAAAGCACAUGGACGGGAGCUACUGUGUGAAGCCUCUGAAGCAGAAACAAGUGGUGGAUGGAGUGAGUUAUCUACUGCAGGAGAUCUAUGGGAUAGAGAACAAAUACAACAGCCAAGAAUCAAAGGUUGCCGACGACGAGAUCAGUGACAACAGCGCCGAGUGUGUAGUGUGUUUGUCGGAUGUGCGAGACACGCUCAUCCUGCCGUGCAGACACCUGUGUCUCUGCAACGCCUGCGCAGACACUCUGCGUUACCAGGCCAACUGCUGCCCCAUCUGCAGACUGCCAUUCAGAGCUCUGCUGCAGAUCCGAGCCAUGAGGAAGAAACUCAGUCCUCUGUCACCAACCAGCUUUAACCCCGUCAUCACUUCACAGACCUCUGACUCGGAGGAACACUCGGCGUCGGAGCACAUCCCUCCAGGCUACGAGGUGGUGUCUCUCCUGGAGGCGUUGAACGGCCCCCUCAACACCUCGUCGGUGGCGCCUCCACCUCUCAACUCUGGUCCCAGCCACGUCUCUGGAGCGCUGCCUCCGUACAGCAGUGAGCCUCACCCGGCUCCGGCUCGCUCCCUCUCCCCUCUAGACCACUCCAACUCCAGUCAGGGACUCAAACUCAAGAAGAGCGGUUCAAAGUCACUUUCCCAGAAUUCCUCCGUGCUUCCCGAGGAGGAAGAUGAGAAGUCUUGCAGCGAAUCGGAGGCCUGUCGCCACAAACUCGCUGUGGACCAGCAGGAGAGCGGAGUGACUCCAGACAGCGAGAACCUCACUCUGUCCUCGUCUGGAGCCAUCGACCAGUCGUCCUGCACUGGGACCCCACUCUCCUCCACCAUCACCUCCCCUGAAGACCCAGUGAGCAGCAGCCUGGUCCAGUCAGUGAUGUCCAUGGCGUCGUCCCACUCGCAGCACUCCCACAUCAGCACUGACACCAUGUCCUCCAUGUCAGGGUCCUACCUGGCCGGGGCCGAAGGCGAGCCCGGGGGGGACGAUGGGGCAGACGUGGAGGGCGAGGAGAACCAGGACGCCCCCAUGGAGAGCCGAGGACCAUCGCAGCAGGACGGGGAGUUUUCCCAGGAGCCAAAGGAACAAAACUACUCAGUGGCUGUAGAAGAGCAGGACUCAGAGGGGAACGAUGUCACUGAAGAGGACUGCUCCUCUCCGUCUAAUGGGAAAGGUGGGCGGAGCAGGUGUCCAGAGUUGGCCAAUAACAAUCAGGGCGUCGCCCUCUGUGACACGCCCUCUUUGGGGUUGGAUAAUGAGCAGGCUCCCGACAGCCGAUUCGCCGGUCUGAUGUACCUCGGGGGCUACAGGCCUGUUUUGGAGCCCCUCCCCCACCACCACACCUCCACCAGCAAUAUCAACCUGGAGGAGCAGGGGGCCGAGAACAGGGACGGCCAGAGUCCUAAACAUCCCCGCCGCGGACCACUCAUUGUGUAACACACUCGCAAACAAAAAAUGCACGCACACAAAAGAAAAAAAACAAAACA